AUGCCCCCAGCAAUCAUCGACCCUCCUUACUACAACCAAGGAGACUCGGUAGAAGACGUCCUUCAACGACUCCCGCUACCAACUAAAGAAAUUGGCGCCACUUUUGAACUCUCUGAUUCUAGAAAACCUGGCUACUCUCCAAUAAUCCGCAACGUCGGUGCCAAAACUCAUUUGAUCACCCAUAUCCACCCCGAGUUGACCACCUUACAUCAGUAUUUCCAACAUUUCUCCCUUCAGUACGCCUCGAAAAACUAUCUUGGUUAUCGUCCUUUCAACAAACUUACCAAUGAAUAUGAAGACUACAAAUACUUCACCUAUGCAGAAACCACACAUUUGAAAAAUCAGUUGGGUUCCGCCAUCAUAAAACUCUUGGAAAAUACAGAUCAGAAAUCACCAAUCAUCACGAUUUAUUUACCCAACUGCUACCAAUUUGUGGUGAUUGAUUUGGCGUGCAUUUCUUAUUCAUUGGUUUCCACUUGCCUUUAUGAUAGCUUGGGCCAUACUUCCGGCGCCUAUAUCAUCAACCUUACCGAAUCUCCAAUAAUCUUCACCACAAAAUUACAGGCCUCAAAGAUUUUCCUGAUGAAACUAGAUGCGACUAUCGAUCAUAAAUUGAAAUACGUAGUGGUGAUUGAAGAAAUCGACAUGGCCCAAGAUUAUCAACUUAUCACCGCAGCCGCCAACGCAAACCUCAUUCUAUUUGAUUUUCAAACAUUACUCAAUAUUGGCAAAAAACAUCCAUCACCAAAUAUCCCACCGAGUCCUCAUAACUUGUUUACCAUAUGCUUUACCAGUGGCACCACUGGCAUGCCAAAGGGUGCAGAAAUCACUCAUGAACAUGUGGUUGCUCAAAGUUGCACCUCGUUAUUGCUUCAUGACAUGUCACACCCAGAAGCCGCCAGUUUUGAGUUUUUACCAAUGGCUCAUUGCUAUGAACGAGCAGUCUUAUUCAGUGAACUUUGUUAUGGCUUUACUUUGCAUUUCCCUCAUGAUCCACGAAACAUUGCCAGUUAUUUUGAAGAUAUCAAGCUCGUGAAACCAACGUUUUUUGCCACAGUUCCUAGAGUAAUCAACAAGAUUGAAGCACAACUCAGGGCAAAGAUUGCCAAAUCACGGUAUUUGAGCUCGGUGAUUGAUUGGAAGGUGCAAAAAUUGACUAAUGGUGACCCCAAUAAUCACCAUUUCUUAUACGAUAAAUUGAUUGCCCCAAGAAUUCGUGCUGCUUUAGGUUUUCAAAGAACCAAAUCCAUAUUAUUGGGGUCAGCACCGGUGACUAAAGAAACAAUCAUUUAUUUACAAUGUGUUUUGGGAAUUAAUAUUUGCCAAGGUUAUGGAUCCACCGAAACUUUUUGUGCCGGGGCAAUUUCGUCAGAUACCACGAAUUUCGGGCUUGGAACAAAUGGGUCAAUUUGUUGUAAUUUGGAGACUCGGCUUCGUGAUGUCCCAGAAUUGGAGUAUUCUUGGGAUAAUAAUCGCAGUGGGGAAUUGUUGCUUCGAGGUCCAGCACUUACGAAAACCUAUUAUCGUCACGAGAAAGCGUUUGAGGAAUCGCUCGACUCAGAAGGUUGGUUUAAAACCGGGGACGUGGCACAAUUUGACGAGUUUGGUAAUAUGGUGGUGGUGGACAGGGUGAAGAACUUCUUCAAGUUGGCACAAGGUAAGUAUAUUGCUGCUGAGAAAAUCGAACAGAUUUAUCUUCGUCAAUGUCCGAUGGUGGAACAAGUUUAUGUCACUGGAGAUUCUUUGCAACAUUUCUUGGUGGGGGUUGUUGGGGUUAAUAUAGAAGUGGUGAAAUCAAUUGUUGUUGACCUUGGAAUCCCGUGUGAUUUCACCAAAGUUGAGCAAACCAUGAAACAAUUUGAAAACUCCCCCGAGUUAUUAGGAGAACAACAGCCAAUUAAAUAUUUUACGGCGAUUCUUAAUAGUGUUGCGGUUAAAAAACGGUUGUUGGAAAUUUUGAAUUUCAAGGUUGAGAAAUUACUUUCGUAUGAAAGAAUAAAGAAUGCUUUUUUUACAAUUACACCGUUUGCCGUUGAAAAAGAUACUUUGACACCCACUUUUAAAAUCAAGAGAGUUCAAGUUAGAAAAGAAUUUCAGAGCGUUAUUAAAGAUUUAUAUAAAGAAGGAGAAGUUUAUAAAAAUCAAGCUAAAUUGUGA